GUUGGCAAGCGUGAGUUAUUUGUCACCCAUGGAGAACUCUGGAGUCGUUAAACGGACUAACGGUCAUCUUGGGGUCACCGAGCCAAUCUCAUGGAGUGGGCCGACAGAGUAUGAUCUCAUCAAGACAGGGGAGCUAGAGAAGUAUCUUGAGGGUGCUGGGUUGUAUGAAAGCCGGGAAGAAGCAGUUUGCAGAGAAGAGGUUUUGGGAAAAUUGGAUCAGAUUGUGAAGCUUUGGAUUAAGAAAGUUAGUAAGGCCAACGGAUUCAAUGAGCAAUUUGUCCAAGAGGCAAAUGCAAAGAUAUUUACUUUCGGAUCUUACCGACUUGGGGUGCACGGGCCUGGAGCGGAUAUAGACAUUUUGUGUGUGGGUCCACGAUAUGCUACAAGAGAAGAAGAUUUCUUCAUACAACUACAUAACAUGUUGUUUGAGAUGUCAGAAGUGACAGAAUUGCACCCUAUUCCUGAUGCUUAUGUCCCUGUAAUGAAGUUUAAGCUCAAUGGAGUUUCCAUAGAUCUUCUAUAUGCUAAACUAUCGCUUUGGAUCAUUCCUGAAGACCUAGAUAUCUCACACGACUCGACAUUACAAAACGCUGAUGAGAAGACUAUUCGCAGUUUGAAUGGGAGUAGAGUCACUGAUCAAAUAUUACGCUUGGUGCCAAAUAUUCAGAAUUUUCGCACAACUUUGCUUUGCAUGAGGUUUUGGGCAAAACGUCGCGGAGUAUAUUCGAAUGUUACAGGAUUUCUUGGUGGUAUAAAUUGGGCAAUACUCGUGGCUCACAUUUGCCAACUAUACCCAAAUGCAAAGCCAAGCAUGUUGGUAUCACGUUUUUUCCGUGUCUACGCCCAGUGGAGAUGGCCAGCCCCUAUCUUGCUUUGUAAGAUUCAAGAGGGCACUCUUGGAUAUCCUAUCUGGGAUCCAAAGAGAAACUUCAGAGACAGACUUCACCAUAUGCCCAUAAUUACACCUGCAUAUCCUUGUAUGAACUCCAGCUAUAAUGUAUCAUCGAGUACAUUACACGUUAUGAUGGAAGAAUUUCAGCGUGGAGAUCAAAUAUCUAAGGCAAUGGAGGCUGGCAAAGCCGACUGGGAUCGUCUGUUUGAGCCUUAUACCUUUUUUGAAGCCUACAAAAAUUAUCUGGAGAUCGAUAUAACUGCUGAAAAUGAUUCAGACCUUCGGAACUGGAAAGGCUGGGUGGAAUCCCGUCUCCGAACAUUGAUUCUGAAGAUCGAAAAGCACACUUUUGGCAUGCUUCAGUGUCACCCUUGUCCGCGUGAAUUUUCGGACAAAUCUAGAACUUUUCAUUGCUGUUACUUCAUGGGCCUUCAGAGAAAAAAAGGAGUGCCAGUACCGGAAGGCGGCGGACAAUUCGACAUAAGAGUAACUGUGGAAGGGUUCAAGCAUUCGGUCAGCAUGUAUACUAAGCGGAAACCAGGAAUGGAGAUUCGAGUUAGCCACUUAAAAGGAAGAAAUGUUCCAUCAUUCGUAUGGCCUUCUUCUCCUUCCAAAGUAGUUUCCAGAGGGAGGACCUCAGUUAGAGUCCGGGCCGUAAAGGCUGUUGAGGCAGUGGCUAAAAUGGCAGACAGAUUUACUGACAUGCAACAAUUGGAUGAAGGCACCUCUACUGAAUCCACUAGAUCAAAAAGGAGAAAGAUCUUGUAUGAUAAAACAGAGGAGAAUGGUACUCAACAAGGAAUUUGUAGCGGCAGCAACAUUUACAUACAGGAUGGAGGUACCAUUGCACCUCCUUCUACUCCUCCCACAAAAGAAGUCAUCACAAAUGCUGCUGGUUGCUCUGUGGAACCUUCUCACACCGGUAAAACAGUGAUCCAAGUAAGAACGCCCAGCGGCAGUUAUACGCAAAAUGGAGGGGCUGAAGAACUUGCUGAUCUAUCUUUGGUGUGGACUCCUGUUAAGACCACCAACAACCAACGCAGGCCCUUAAGGUAUUUGGUUUUGCCAGUCGUUUCUCAAAUUUCACCAUCAUGCAAUUUACUCUGUGGUUGCUUGUUGUAUAAUUUGAAGCUUAUUUUAUCUGUAACCUGUUGCAGGGUGCGGUUAUCUACUGUGUUUAGAUCUAGUGGACAAACAUAGUGAUGUUACUCGUCGAAAGUUGAGUUCCAUCUGCCAUGACAAGCUUCAUGCUACUUCCGAGUGAAGACAGGCACAAGAUGAAGACACUGAUGCCAACGUGAUGUAGUCUGAGUUGCUCUGUAGAACGUUCUUAUCCUGUGGCUGUGACAUAGAAUGAAGGUGCCGAAGAACUUUCUGCUCUAUCUUUGGCGUGGGCUUCUGUUACUACCACCGACGUCCAACACAGGCCCUUGAGGUAUUUGAUUGUGCCAAUCAUUUGUCAGAAUUCGCCAACACGAUUACAUUUUAGUUUAUUGUUAGAUUAUAUGCAUCAUGGAGAAGCUAUACUCAUCUGUGGUUGCUUGUGUUAUAUAAUCUGAAGCUUAUUUUAUCUGUAAUCCCUCCUUCCUCUUGCAGGUUGAGUUGCUAGCUACUGUGUUUAAAUCUCCGACGACAAGCUUCAUUCUGCUUCCGAGUGAAGACACUGAUGCCCACAUGACGUAGUUUGAUAAAAGUUAGAUUCUGUUUUUUUCUCUAGUUCAUUGUGGGUGCUGAGAGCCUUUUAAGUGUCCCAUAACUCAAGUGUAAACUUACUUAUUAUAUAAGGUAACUGAAU